UUCCGGUCUUCAGUCCUUUCCGAUUUUAUCGACUGUUGUGUGACCCGCGUGUGUACACACUCCCAGAUGAAGGAGUCGAUAAUGAACCAGGAGAAGCUUGCCAAACUGCAGGCGCAGGUCCGCAUAGGCGGCAAAGGGUCAGCCCGCAGGAAGAAGAAGGUGGUGCACAGAACAGCUACAGCAGAUGAUAAGAAGCUGCAGUUUUCACUGAAGAAACUGGGCGUCAACAAUAUCUCUGGCAUUGAGGAGGUUAAUAUGUUUACAAACCAGGGCACAGUGAUCCAUUUUAAUAACCCAAAAGUUCAGGCCUCCUUGGCUGCCAACACUUUCACGAUCACGGGGCACGCUGAGAACAAACAGCUAACAGAGAUGCUCCCAGGAAUCCUAAACCAGUUGGGAGCAGACAGUCUUACCAGCCUCAGGAGACUAGCAGAGUCUCUGCCCAAACCAGGUGGAGAGAGCCAAGUUCCUACAAUUGCUGCUGAAGAGGAGGAGGAUGAGGUUCCAGAUCUUGUAGAAAACUUCGAUGAAGCUUCAAAGAACGAAGCAAACUAACCAGCACCGGCGGUGCAUGUCAGGGUUGUCCGUGGGUCAUCGCAUUCAGCAGAGAAAUCUUUUGUUGAUCUCUCCAUUCUUCAUGGCUACAGACGGAACUGGAUUUUUAGGAGUCACAUUUACAGUAACUCUUGUCCUGUGUGGUUCUACAGUUCAGUGUAAACUAUUCAGUAUCAUGUGCACAGCCUUCUUUUUCUCACACACAGUUUCUUCUGCAUUGUAAAGCCAACACAACAAAAAUGUAUUGAGCUUAAUUAAGCAUGUAAUAAAGAUUACGUUUAACAUUCUUUUA